GCCUGGUGCCUGCAGCCGGAGCCGGCCUCCGGCCUGGCGGGCAGAGGCCAGGUGUCCUGGAAUAAGUGCGGCCCGGGAGGAGACUGGCUGCCCGGCGGCAGGCAGAAGGUCUGCGAACAAAUGGGGUCAGACGUCCGGGACCUGAACGCGCUGCUGCCCUCCGUGCCCUCCCUACCAGGCAACAGCAACUGCGCCAUGCCGGUGAGCAGCGCUGCACAGUGGGCUCCCGUCCUGGACUUCCCCCCGGGGGCCUCCUACGGCUCGCUGGGGCCGCACUCCUUCAUCAAGCAGGAACCCAGCUGGAACGGGUCGGACCCGCAUGAGGAGCAGUAUCUGAGCGCUUUCACCGUCCACUUCUCUGGGCAGUUCACAGGCACGGCUGGGGCCUGCCGCUACGGGCCCUUUGGCGCCCCGCCGCCCAGCCAGCCGCCCUCCGGCCAGGCCAGGAUGUUCCCCAACGGGCCCUACCUGCCCAACUGCCUGGAGAGCCAGCAAGCCAUCCGCAACCAGGGUUACGGCACCGUGGCCUUCGACGGGACUCCGAGUUACGGCCACACGCCGUCUCACCACGCCGCGCAGUUUACGAACCACUCUUUCAAACACGAGGACCCCAUGAGCCAGCAGCCAUCUCUAGGGGACCAGCAGUACUCGGUGCCCCCUCCGGUGUACGGCUGUCACACCCCCACGGACAGCUGCACGGGCAGCCAGGCCCUGCUCCUGCGGACCCCCUACAACAGUGACAAUUUAUACCAAAUGACAUCACAGCUGGAAUGCAUGACGUGGAACCAGAUGAACUUGGGAUCCACGCUGAAGGGCCAUACGACAGGAUAUGAAAAUGAGAACCACAGCACUCCCAUGUUAUACAGCUGUGGGGCCCAAUACAGAAUACACACCCAUGGAGUUUUUAGAGGCAUACAAGACGUGCGACGAGUGCCAGGCGUGGCUCCGACCAUCGUGCGAUCAGCAAGCGAGACAAAUGAGAAACGUCCCUUCAUGUGCGCAUACCCCGGCUGUAACAAGCGAUACUUCAAGCUGUCCCAUUUACAGAUGCACAGCAGGAAGCACACUGGUGAAAAACCAUAUCAGUGUGAUUUUAAGGACUGUGAACGAAGAUUUUCUCGUUCAGACCAACUCAAACGGCACCAAAGACGACACACAGGUGUGAAACCCUUCCAGUGUAAAACCUGUCAGAGAAAGUUCUCCAGAUCUGAUCACCUGAAGACUCAUACCAGGACUCAUACAGGUAAAACAAGUACCACCAGCACUGAUGACCACUAGUUAACCUGUCCAGGUCUUGACCACAAUUUAUCCAUCUCACUUGGGAAUCAUACUGGCAGCAGAAAACAGUGUCAAGUUUCAUAUUGCGCUAUAAAACAGUUGCUUCAAUCGUUCGUCUUCUUACAAAACUAUUCCUUUUCUUGAAACCUGUAAGAUUUGUAUAGGAACUUCACAGAGCAGUAAAAUCCACUUUAUAAAUAGCAGUAUUGGCCUUCUGUAGAACUGUGCUGAAACCACGAGCACAGAUAACUUCUAAGAUUAGGAUGCCGUGCAGUGACUUUUACUUGAAAGUUAACUUAGAGUUAGGGUGGCUUAAAUCAGUUCAGCAGGUUGAAAAAGACAGUCCUUCUUACAUGAUGAAGUGUGAAAAUGGAGAUAAAAAAAAAUUAUUGUUUCUUUGUCAUACUGCCUGCUUUUCUUUGGAAGUAAGUACAGCCUGCCUGAGAGCCCUUUGACCUUGCAAAAUAUUUGUAUCUCUUCAGCAAAAAUCUUUAAUGUAUCUUGCCAAGCUUUUUUCUCUAAUGUACACAAUGGAGUUCUAUGAUGGGUUGAGCUUUCUCUCUUAAAGUGCAGCUGCAUCGUCAAGAAAACUCAACAGUUAAUUCUUCAAGUCCUCUUUUUCGCUGGGGUAUUGCAUCACUGUUAAUUACUGUUGGGGUACUGUGACUCAUUUGUAUCAGUCAACUUUAUCUUUUGCUGCCAAAAGACAGCAUCUCUCUGGAGAAACUCAUAACAAGUGUGGCAAACAUCAAAUAGUUGGAGUAAAUGGUGUAUAUAAAACUGCACAGAAUUAAAAAAUAAAGCAACUCCUCCUUCUUUCUCGAGAGAAAAGUUCAGUCGUAAUAACAAUGUCCUCUGAUUUACCCAGCAGUGUUCUGCAACUACAAAACAAUGUUCUUCAGCCUGCACCCAAAAUAGAGAGCUGCCAGAAGUGUUUAUACUGAAAGCCAAAGAAAGAAAAAUCAGCCUCCAGUUGUGCCUGCAUUAGUCAAACAUAAAUAAAACUAUCUUUUGUGAAAUAUAACCGAAACUCCGCUGCAGCACAGACCAGGCUUCCAGUGACCUGUAAAUAACUGCAUCCAUACCUUUUCUGCUUGGUCAAUUGCACGCCAAAUAAUAAUAAUGGUAGACAGCAACCAAAAAUGAAGCGUGGGGUGGUGAGUGACAGAGUAUGUCCCUUCGUUUUUGCUGUUGCCCCUUUUUCAAUGAAAGCACUUGCUGCAGCUCUGCUGUCUGAUGCUCAUUACGCCCUCCGACACUCCGACCACGGUGAAGACAGCGGUGACGUUUGGAAGAUCUUUGUUAUUUUUAUUCCUAGUCAUCUCAGAGUCUUUGUCGUGAGGCCUCUUAUGUCUCUCCCUCUCUUUUUCCUGUUUCCAAGAUUCUAUCAGCAAGGUAAGCCACCUUUAUUGAAGCACUUUACUACAUGAAUUUCUCAGAAGCAGCCCCCAGAUGCUGUUUCUUGCAGCAUGCAAUUCCUCAUUUUGUGGCAAGCAGAAAUUGCUCAGCAGCCUGUGUUUCUGUGGGCUUGAUCUCCAUGUGAAAGAUGAGGGGACUGCACGCUAUUCUAUCUUACAAGUAUCUUUAGCUCUCUGGAAAAUUUUCAGUCUCACAGUCAACAGCCUCUGAUCUGUGUUCGUGAACUGGAACUAGUCAGCAGUGUUAUUUUGGCUGAUGGUUAAAUGUCUACUGUGACUGACAUACUUUUUCUGUUCUGUAGCUUUCAUCGCCCCCCAGAAUACAGAAUGUUAGUGACACAGUGUUGUGCUUUUUCUUGUCACUUUAUGAGGUACAGCACAUGUUGGAUAGGAAAGGGAACAUAAUGUCAGUUCUCUGAUGUUGUCAGCCAAGAUUAAGGAUUCCCUUGCACCGAUUGUUUAAGGUAGAUGCAUCCAACUAAGUCCAACUCUCUGCUUGCUGAAAACUUAAGACCUAACAUGCCUAGAUUGUAACCACCUGAUCAUAUUCUUGGUGCACGUUGUAUUCUUUAUGAGUACUGACCAAAAAGUAGGUCCCAAGACAUUACUUUGCUACAGUAAAGCAAACAACAUAAAGGCAGUCCUAUUGUUCAGGCAUUCCAUCGAGGGAAGCGAGGAACUCGCAGAGAAGAGCUCUUUGUUUCUCUUUCCGUGGUGAUUUAGGCAAGUUGUUCAUUUUAGAAACCAAUCCAACUUGGCCUAUCUGUUUCAGGAUGUUAGUAGGACUAUUAAACUGCUCCACCAACCAACCUUACGGCUACUGAGAACGGGUCCUGAAGACACAGGUGGGUGCUUAAAACCAGUGUUUCUUCCUCCCUCUCCUGCAGGCAGGCACUGAGAAAACUGUAUCACAUGCAGUGUUUUCCAAUCAUCAGUGUGACCUGACAGUAAAACCAGUCCAAGGCUUUGGGGUGGACUGAGGGCCUCCAAGAAGAUACCUGCAGCUCUGCAUCUCGGAGCUGCCUUCACCUAGUGAGGUGGGUACACAAAGGCAGCCAGCUGGCAGAGAUGGGUUGCCAGAAGAUGGUCAGAGCUGUGCUGCCCAGUCCUGCUCGAGCCCUGCUUGUACCUCCCUGUGGGGCAAGCAUGGGCAGGGAGAAUCACUCAGUGUUUGUGCUGGGGAACUCUUCCACGCUUUAGGAAACUGCUCCCCCCGUGAGUUAACAAAGAUGUCGUUAAAGGCAAUGUAUGCAGUUCAGAAUGGCACUAAUGGACAAGAAGAUCCAGCUGCAAUAUUUGGGAAGAUCCAAUAAAAGAUUCAUUAGGAUCCUUUUAGUUACUGGAAGUCCAGAUGACACAAAGGAAUCUGCUGAAAAUGAAGAUGUGGUCACAAAAGUGGUGAGUUAAAAAAAAGCAACAAAACAAACCCCAAACCCAACCCCACUGACACCAUUCUAAAAAUUAGACAAUUAAGAGUAAAACCAGGAAUGUAGCCAGAACUAUUCCACCUCAAAUAAUAAACACAAGGAUAAGUUGCCAAGUGAGGUCAAAGAAGCAAAUGGUAAAGUGAGUUUAAGAGACAGCUAGACACUUUUAUGGGGAGAGAGAGGAUUGAAGGAUACAGUGACAAAACCGGGGGUAGAGCUGAGAUAACUCAGAGGACAGGCACGGUGGGCCAGUAGCUUGGAGAGGGCUCCAAAGCCCAGCUCCAGUGAGGAGUGGGGUGGCUGUGGGUGUUGUGGGGAGAUAGACGCACCAGGGCUGUCUGCAGUGCCCUAUGAGGGAUGAUGGGAGCCUGGCAGGUAGCAACGGGUGCACUCUCAGGUGCAACGGCUGUGACUGCUGCCUCUGGGUUCCCUACUGAGAUGCCCUGGCAGACUUGCUAAAAGUGCUCAUUUUUGAGGAGGUCCUACCUGAGCAGCUUGUUUUGUAGUAAGUUAUCAGUGCAGAGCUCAUACAGAGACACCAAAAGGAAGAAAAAAAGCACAACUUUUUUUUUUAGUUUUCAUGAGAGACUACUUGUAAUAUAGGAAACAACAGGGUUGGCUAGGAUAUGAUUCAAAUGAGUCAAAGACAAAAUAUACAGAGAUUAUGUUCUUCUCUGCUUGUACGAAGCUGCAUACUUUCACGUUGACAUUGCCAGCACAGCCUGUGUCAAUUCCCAUAAAAUAUCCUGGCAGAACUUCCGUGGCUUCAGAUAGCAGCGUGAUGAAGCCGGGUUUUAAGUGCUUGGUUUGGCCAUCAGCUAGAUAAUCUUUAAGGUCCCUUCCAACUCAAACCAUCUCUGCACUGACAAGCUGAUGUGGCUCCACCAACACAAAGAGGUUCUGAAAUAAUAGUGGUGAAGGAACCAAGACAAGCUUGGCCACUGGAAAUAAGCCAGAGCAUCAGUUAAUUUUAGUACAGGUUUCCAUAGAGUGUGAAAUCCAAUCAGAAAUGCCAGCUUUGAAUCCUCAGAGGGCCCUGAGUGUUGAGUGGUGGUCUGAAAGGUGGUAUUCUUGUGGAAGUUGCACAUAACACAGACAGGUCUUGGGCUAAGGACUGUAGGAGCUCAGGAAAAUGCUGCCACAGUUUGCAGGCCAUCCGUAAGGUGUUCAAAUGCACGGGUUUAAAGGCACUGAACAUCUUGAAUGAUAAAAGCACAGUCCCAGGCAAGGCUUCUUUAAUCCUGAUGAAUAAAAUGCAUGUCACAGAGGUGUAAAUAUUAUUUAAUAGCAUCACAGGGUUUUCUUGUUUUGCCUUGUUUUUAUUUUUAAGUGAAACAGGCUGUUUAUAUUCUGGGUAACUCUUGCAGAGCCAAGAUCUUAAUCUGCAAAAAUAAGCGGAACAGAAAUGGGAAGAUCUGUCUGAUCAUCCUGGCUUGACUGGCUAGAUGGAUCUUGUACAAAAGGAGGCGCCCUCCCCCAGCAUGGCAAAAAAACUCUUUUGGUGCAAGAGGAUUAAAAAAAACCACACAGGGCACUGAAUCACCUUAGUGUGGCGGUGCAAGAGGGAAAUACAACUGUAUUUAUUUUCAGGCUGUUUCUUUUUAUGCCUCAUUCGUCUCUGAGUCAUGUCCCAGAACUCCAUUCAUUUCAGUGAAAUGUUGAAAAACACAACUUCAUAAAUAAAUAAAUGAAGGAAUAACUUCACUGCCUGCGAAGAAAUUCUGCCCCAGAGUUUCUCGGGAAACUGUGUGUCCUUGUAAAUGUGCUCUACUAGUACUAAUGUACAAGUAGCCACAUCUGCUUAAUGUUCCCUCCUGGAAGGGUCUCUGAUAUUUUUAGCUACAUCAUUGAGCUUUUUAGGUUAAGCUAUGGGCCUCAUGCCACAGCAAAGGUACACCGUAAAUGCCAAUAAAGAGGUUUUUAUCUGCUGCGUGGUAAGAAAUCCAGCCCGACAAAGCACGUGGAAGCUUUUUCGUUUUCAGACACUAGGUGGCUCAGCAUGGAAGGUUUCCCUGUUUACAGGACAGCUACAUUUCUGGGAGCACCACACAGCUGAGCCACCCACUGCCGCUGAUGGAAUUUCCUAACUUGCAACACAAAGUUACAGCGCUUGCAAAGCAGCAAGCCGAGCUGGAGAAUAUCAUGUAACACAACUCAAAAUGUGUGUCAGUACCCCGAGCACUGUGCUGUUACUGCUUUCACAGCCUUUCUCCGAGUGGAUCUGGGUAGCUACUGAGAAUUACAGCUUUUGAAAUCUGGUUGCUAUUUGUCUCUGGUAUCGCCCGGGGCCUUCUUUAAUGGCCAAGAUCCUGCUGUCCCUGAGCUUGUUGCCUAGAAUGUGCUUCAUGCUCUGAAGAGAAGUUCACCGUGAAUCACUCACUGCUCCUUGCCUCGCUUUCUUUCUAUUACUGGCAGGAAGAAUUAACAGAGUCAAAGAAAGGAAAGGCCACGUGGCAGCAGGAUUCGAAUUGCCUGCAGUAAUGUCCACUGGGCUGCUAGACAUAGGAUCUCAGAUGAGUGCUCGUACUGCUGUGGGAUGAGUGAAACUUCCUAGUGACAGAGCUGCUUUCUCCCUCUGCCCCGGGCUGCAGGGCGUCAGCAUGGCGUGCUUCACGCUUCCCCUUUAUGAAGGCAGUCUAGAGAGAGUGAACUGCAGCGUGCAAUACUGAAGGUCAGCACACAGGACAAACAACCUAACAACAGUCUAAUAUUUCUGAGCUGUGUAAAUUCCUAGUGUCUGCUUCAGGCAGAAUCCAAACACUUGUGUCGAUUCUGUACCAAGCCCCAGACUGCCAAGAACCAUUAAUAUAAGCAUAUUUAUCUGGGCUGCAGUGUGUUACAAGAAUUCAUUAGGACAAUAUGUGAUAUGGUGCUGAAACAGAAGGCUGGGUUUCUCUGGCCAGAGAUGAGGAAGUCUAGUCCCUGCUGAACUUUUACUACUGAUAAAGACAAUGUCUGCUGGCAGCAUUCAUUUUUUACUAGGCCAUCUGCAUCUAGUCAAGGAUAACUUGACUUUCUGAAAAAGCCAUUCAUCAGUAUCAACCCUGUACAACUUUCUCUUGAUGAGUAAAGCGACACAAAGAAAGACCAAGAUGGUUAAUAAACUUCUUUGGGAGCAAAAGGUCAAUGCUGGUGUAAACAAAGCAGUGUCAUAGUACUACACAGAAGCAUUGAAGUUUUCUGUCUGUUUAUAUGGCUGAUGCCCCAUUUCUAUUUUAUCAGUGUUUGUUUUCAUUUAUUUUGCUCUGCUUUAGCUGAUCUAUAAAUCUUUAUAACGGUGUUCUUUAUUUUCUUAAUUUUGUCAUCUCUCUUAUCGGCUUUUAUCACCUGUUUGUGUCCAGCAUGUUUGCUACUCUCUCUGCCUGAUGGUUGCCCACAAUUGCUUUGUUAACCCCGGAACCCUCAUCCAGCUCACUCAGGCCUAAUGGUUCUGCCUUUCAGAGCCUCCCUUCCUUCUAAAACAAAAUCAAGACGUUCCCACUGUACCUUGAACAAAUGGUGAUGUACUAAAGAAAAAAAAGUAACCAGCGUACCAGUGAGGGAAUUUUCCCAGCUCCAAAUGGUAGAGCCUUGUUUUUAGUUACACAGCACACGAAGCAGGCAGUAGCUGUGUAUAUUUUCACAUCAAGCCUUCAAAGCUGAACUGCAGAUCCAAAGUGGAUAGUCUUGGCCUUGCCCUUUGUCAUCCUGCCCUCCCACUCUCUGGCUCUCACGCUUCGUGGAUGCGCAUGUGCAGGAGCUGGGCACUGGGUUAUGAGCGUGGGCUCAAUUAAGGUCAGUCAGCACAAGGGAGACUGUUUCAUGGCCACCAUGACAGACGUGAAGUGCCUGAUACCUGAGUGAUUUUUUCUUCUUACUGAAGACCCUCUGUAGUUCACCUGCUUCCUCUGAUGCGUGGUUUUGAGUAACCGGAUGACAGAACGCUUUGUGCAGGCUGGGUAUCUCAAACUAUAUGAAAAAAAUUGCACCGACCCAAAGUAAUUUUCAGGAGACAGCCUCUGCAAAAAGUACACUGUUCUUUUGAAGGUUUUACAUCUUGAAAUGUUUUGUUUAAUAAAGACUUAUGCAAUGUAAUUUCUAAUGGCACCGGAGUAUUUACUGGAACUGGGUACUGCAGGGAAACAAAAACGACUACAGAUUGAAUUUCCCAAUUAACUAUGAAUGUUGAGGCUAGCCAGUUAAAACAUUAAUCUCCCUUGUUAAUACACGUACUAUAAGGCAAUACUCCAGUAACAGUCUCUGCUGAAUGCGCAGUCUUAAAUCCCUACUUAGAAAAGAGAAGAAGGUCCCAUGUUCCCAAAGUUAAUAGGAAUAGGGCUUCAUCCUGACCCAGAAUUGCCAGAUUAGGUUCAGAAAG